AAUAAAUCAUUAAAUCAUCACCCUUCCUCUUUUAUUAAAUAAAAAAAAAAUGGUUGCUCCACGCUUCGCUAAAAUUUUCUCUAUCGCUGUAAUAGUUACUUUCUUGCUCUCCUCGGCUGAAUCAGCAAAAAAUGAUACUGAUUGCCCUAAAGCAUUAUCAAUCAAUGCCAAGUCUGAUGGUAAAGGGAAGAAAGUUAUUGUUGUCUUUAAAGACAAGAAAGCUGCUGAAAGGCAACAUGAGUUAUUUAAAAAUUGUCUUGAUGCAGAAAUUGAUAGUUUCGAAAAAAUUAAAUCUCUUAGCAAUAAAGGAAAACCCACUUUCGCUAGUUUCGGAAUUGUUAAUCUUUUUGGACUUACUGGAGAACUGACAUCAGAAUUUGCAAAGGAACUUGAAAAAAUGGAUGAUGUUGAUUAUAUUGAAGAAGAUGGUGUAGUUAAGACUCAAUAUGUAGUACCAUCUCAACUUACUAGACGUGCAGUAGACAAUAAACCAACUUUCAAUAUUGAUCGUAUUGAUCAAGCUAAACUACCUCUAGAUGGAAAAUAUACUUUCCCCGAUUCUGCUGGAGAAGGUGUAAACGUUUUUAUUGUCGAUACUGGUAUUCGAACUUCACAUAAAGAAUUCGGUGGUCGUGCCAAAUUCGGAGGAUCUUUCUGUGAUGGAUGCAACAAUGAAGAUGAAAAUGGUCAUGGUACUCAUGUUGCUAGCAUUGCAUGUGGAGCAACUUUGGGAGUAGCAAGAAAAGCCACACCAAUUGCUGUUAGAGUUUUGGACGCUGAUGGUUCUGGAUCAAAUAGUGGAGUUAUCGCUGGAUUGAACUUUGUAGGAGAAACACACAGUAAGAGUAAUAAUAAGAAAUCAGUUGUCAACAUGUCUCUUGGAGGUACUAAAUCGAAAGCUGUAGACGAUGCUGUCAAGCAACUUACCGAUGCUGGUGUUCACGUAGCUGUUGCCGCAGGUAACGAAAGUCAGGAUGCUUGUAAUACAUCACCUGCAUCUGAACCUAGCGCUAUCACGGUCGGUGCUACCGAAAAAAAUAGUGACGCAAUCACAGAUUUCUCAAACUUUGGAAAAUGUCUUGACAUUUUCGCUCCAGGUCGGGACAUUCAAGGUGCUAGUUUUAAAGACGAUAAUGGUAGUGUAGUAUUUUCCGGCACCUCUCAAGCUACCCCACAUGUUGCUGGUACCAUAGCUCUUAUAAUUGCCAAGGAUGGUAACAAAUCACCAGCUGAAAUGGCAACGGCACUUAAAACUUUAUCAACAAAGGGAGUCGUUAAAGGUCUUAAGAGUGGUUCUCCAGACAGCUUUUUACGUGUUCCAAGCGCAUAAAAUAUAUAUAGAAUACUUUAGAUAGAAAUUUUUUUUUUUUCAUUUAUUUAAUUCUUGACUCUGGUUAGGUGUGUUUUAAUUAGAAAUUCUAAACACUUUCUUUAAAAAUCCGCUU